AUGUCCUUUCAAGAUGUUAGAACAGCUCUGGUGUUAAGUUAUGGCGAUGGGCAGAUAGAUGACGAAGAGUUCGUGCUUCUCUACGAUGCAUAUAAGUCAACAAAUCCUGCUUACCCUUACUGGGAAUUUGGUGAUUUUUGCUGGGAAGAGUACGAUUCCAGUGAGUUUGAAGCCAUGUUCAGAGUAAAACAAGAGGACAUACCUAUUCUUGUAGAUGCUUUGAGAGUUCCAGAAACGUUUAAGUGUGGUCAAGGAACAAUUUGUGAUGGCAUUGAAGGGUUGUGCAUACUGUUAAAAAGGUACAGUAUACAUAAUACAGUAUAA